GCUCUCGACGAGGCUCAUGCCCGCAUCGCCUCCAUGGGAGUUGACGAGAUGGCAGCUGAGCGCGUCAACAGCAACAACUCCCUGCUGAAGUACAUGGCCGACCUUAAAAACGGCGACAUCACCCUCCGCCAGAUUCAGGUUGCUGCCAACGCCAUCAAGCUGCCCGAGGAGCACCUUGCCGACUACGUCCGCGUCAAUGGCAGUGAGUUCUUGACACUUUCUUGUCUAUCCAAGUUGACGAUGCUGACGAUGACACAGAGCUGCCUGAGCCCGAGNCCCGGCCCUGGCAAGUGCACCUACGACUCCUACCCUCUUCCUCCCAAGCGCACGCGCGAUGCUCUCUCCGACAACGUCGGAGACGCCAUCAAGAAGAUUAAGAACGUCUUCAUAUGA